AUGGAUGCAAACAUGUCACCUGCACCAACAACGUUCUUAUUCAACGAUCGUCAGCAAUUCGAAGCAAAACGUGAACGUGAACGAUUACGAGAUUCUUUACCAUCAACUCUGACUUCACCUCCCGUGCCUGAUCCAUGGAAUCCCACUCCCAUAGAUUUUUCCAUGAAGAAUUUCCAUCCAAAUCGAAAGAGAAUUAUUCGCGCGCCGUCUCUCGAUGACAUUUCACCAAGAAUCAAACGCUCGAGACAUGUGGUCGUUCACAAUCCAGAUGUGAUGAAACCGUUUGCAGUUCAAUAUCGAUCGUCAGUGACAAAUAAAUAUUCUAAACCUGAAAAGGACACUUUUACACUCGAUCAGCGAAUCAAAUACGCCAAAGUCACACGAAUGUUAAACACCGAACCUUAUAAAAAUCCAGUACCGCAUGAUUUCCGACAAUACUCAGAUAUUCGAGAUUUAGACAUUCCGGACUUCGAUACAAAAUUUGAUCACGAUCCAGGCAAUAUGCGAUUUCUCACGGCACAUUUAAACACGUUAUGGCUCAAAGAACGCGAAAAUGAACGUAUACCUGAGGUAAAGAACUUCAUGACGGAAAUGUAUCGAGUAUUACCUGCUAAACCACAAUGGGAAUCGAGAUUGGUUCUUCCCAAAGUGACCUACCCGAAUAAAUAUGCUGCAUUCAGUCGUUUCCGGCAUCCAACACGUACAGUAGAAAGUGCUUAUUGGGAACGAGUUGAAGAACGUUUCGAUGGGCAGCGAAAAAACGUUUACACAUGA